UUGGCUGAGACGCUCGCGCUGGUAGCCAAUGGGCGCCUAAGGGCCCAAGCUGUUAGCCAAUGAGCUCCUGAGGGCCUCUCAACAUGGCGGCGCCGUGUCAGCCGCGUUGGAAGGAGGCUUGCCAAUAUGUUGGGGUUUAUCUCCGCCCGCCAGGCCGGCUUGGAGGAUCCGCUAAGGCUCCGCCGGGCUGAGUCCACCAGGAGGGUGCUGAGCUUGGAGUUAAACAAGGACAAAGAUGUACAAAGGAUCCAUGGAAGUGGUAUCAACACCUUGGAUAUCGAACCUGUUGAAAAUCGGUAUAUGUUAUCAGGUGGUUCGGAUGGUGUUAUUGUGUUAUAUGACCUUGAAAACCUUAGCAGAGAUCCAUGCUAUACCUGUAAAGCAGUUUGUUCUGUGGGAAGCUUUGUCCUUCUAUGGUUGUGUCGCAGAAGCCACCCCGAUGUUCACAAAUUCAGCGUAGAGACAGUUCAGUGGUACCCCCAUGACACUGGCAUGUUUACAUCAAGCUCAUUUGAUAAAACACUGAAAAUCUGGGACACAAACACAUUACAACCUGCAGAUGUGUUUAAUUUUGAGGGAACUGUAUACAGUCAUCAUAUAUCUUCUAUUGCUACCAGGCAUUGCUUAAUUGCAGUUGGUACCAAAAACCCGAAAGUACAGCUUUGCGAUUUGAAGUCUGGAUCUUGUUCUCACAUUCUGCAGGGUCACAAACAGGAAAUUCUAGCAGUAUCCUGGUCACCACGUUAUGAAUAUAUUUUAGCAACUGCAAGUGCUGACAGUAGAGUGAAAUUGUGGGAUGUGAGGAGGGCUUCUGCUUGUCUGCUUACUCUUGAUCAAUAUAAUGGUGAGAAGUCAAAAGCAUCUUCUGAAGCAGUAAAUACUGCCCAUAAUGGAAGAGUUAAUGGCUUGUGUUUUACAAAUGAUGGGCUUCACCUUCUGACAAUUGGUACAGAUGACCGCAUGAGGCUCUGGAACAGUUCCAGUGGGAAGAACACAUUGGUAAAUUAUGGGAAGGUAUGCAACGAGAGCAGAAAAGGACUCAAAUUCACUGUGUCUCAUGGCUGCAGUCCAGAAUUUGUAUUUGUGCCAUACAGUAGUACUGUUGCUAUUUAUACAAUUUAUUCAGGAGACCUAAUAACUAUGCUUAGAGGUCAUUAUAGUUCAGUCGACUGCUGUGUGUUCCAGCCUUAUCUUCAGGAACUGUAUAGCAGUGGCAGAGAUGGUAAUAUCCUUGCCUGGGUACCAUCUUUGAGAAAGCCAGAACCUGAUGAUACUUCUGAAAAGUUACCUAACCCGCAUCAAUUAAACCCUGCAUAUGAAGAUGCCUGGAGCAGCAGUGAUGAUGAUGGAUGAAUUGAACUGUUGACUGUCAUGCAAUAUUUUCUGAAAGAAGGACAUUGAUGAAGGCAAGAAUGAGGAAUCUCCAGCUCCUGAGCCAAAAUCAGCCUACCUCAUUCAGUCUGCAGGGCCUCAUGCAAAGGCCCUCUUCAUUUAAGUCAAAGGCUCUUUAAACGGGGGAGGGGGCAGUAGAACAAUGUCAAGGUAUGCUCCCCAGGGCAAUAGCUGACCCUGUUUUGCUUGUUCCUCAUCUUCUCCAGUUGGAGAAACCUAUAGGAAGAGCAAGGGUGGCUGGGGGAGCAGCUUACCUGCCUAGGUAGUAUGACCAAGGCAGUACAUAUUUGUCCAGUCCAGCUCUUGUGCCUUCCCCAGUCAGGGAAGGUGAAGAAAAAGUAAAGCAGAUUCAUUCAUGACUUCAGAGGUCCAGCAGAGCCCCUUUGUUGACCACCGUAGUUUUGAGAGUGAACAGUGGACAUAAUCAGCACAUGAUUUGGCCAGAGAUUGAAGGAGCGGCUUUUCUGGGUUCACUCUUUUGUUCACCACUUACAGUCCCAUUUGGGGGAUGAGCAGCAGAUGAAGUCAGCAUGAAACUGGGCUGCUCCAGCAUGCCUGUAGGACUCAUUUCUCCAGCCAGCUGAAUGUUUUUCUCUGUGGAAAGGAGGGCAUUUUGUGCUUCCCUCUGUAUGGAUAAAGGCAGAACAGGUCAGAUGACAUCUGGCACUUUGAGCAAGGCGCUUUUAGAAGACAUGAUCCAGCCCUCCGGACUGUCCAUGGAAGGGGAUGAAGCCUAACUCUUGAGAUUAAUGUUGUUCUUUGCCUGUUGAUUAAAGGAACUAGUCAAGUGCCCAACUGUCUACACUGUAGUUCAGGUUCUUACUACCAAAAUUAAAUUGUAAGAUUUCAUUGAACAUUUACUUUUGUUUUGUAUUUUCCGUAUGGUGCUUUUUGUUUUUAAAAAAUAAUAUUUUAUGUUCUGUUUGCCUUUCUGUAUUAUCAUUCCCAAAUGUUAACUGAAGACCCAUGUUUAUUACUUCAAUUAAAAUAAAGUGGGAAAUCCAUGUC